AAAUGAGUCUCCUAAAAUCCCUCUUAUUCCUUCUCACCCUCUAUUCCACCUUAUGCGUACCAAUAACCGCUUCAAAUUAUAAGACAGAACUUCCGCAAGCAAGGAGAAGAUCAGCCUGACUUUUGAUCGGGAGAAACCAAGCGUUGAAGGAAGUAGAAAAGGGAUGGGGUGAUGGGAAGGAGGAAAGCGGGGUAUUUUCAGAGGAAGAAAUUGAUGGAGUUGAUUUGAAGAAAACGGAUGUUUUUAAAAGAUUUAUUUAUACGGUUGCAUUGGAAUGUUAUGAAAAAGCAUCGGAUGAUGAAAUCAAUGAUAUCUUCAAAUCUAUUCAAAACCUUAAAGGAGAAAAGGACGAAACAUUUACAUCUAGUUUUACCCCAACUCUGCAACUCUCUUCUUUAAGAUCUCCUGAAUCUCCAGAAAUCUCUGCCAAAAUAGAUAAAAUCUUCCUUUCAGCAACUCUUCAGACUACUAAAAGAACUCAGAAUCUAAAGAUAAUGCCUAAGACUGCUUCUGAUACUCCAAAGCCAGUUGCUACUAGCAAGACCAAGGCUGCUGAUAAGCAGCCUGUCCAGGCUAACAAACCUCUGCAUCCGACCCCUCAUAAGCCAGCUCCGGCUGUUGAUUCUCAAGCUGUGCCUGAAUCAGUAUAUCUUGGAGUUAUAGGUUUCCUUUGUAUUACUGUCAUAGCUCUUCUUGCAGCAGUGAUAUUUUUAUCAAAACCCAAGCAACACUAUAAAGAGAAAGCAAAGAAGGACUAAAUCAAAGCUUUAAGGUAUUUCUAUAUCUGUA